AUGAGCAGUCGAAUCCCAUCUCACCAGCUCAGCAGCGGGCUGGUGGUGUCGGGCCGGCCCGAGCAGCAGCUAAAAGAGCGCCAACCGACAAUGGCGUCGCGCGCCGUCCCAUACACUGGCGGUGAUGUGAAGAAAUCUGGAGAGCUAGGCAAAAUGUUCGACAUCCAAAUUGCCGAUCAUCCUCUUUCUGCCCCAUCCAGCGGACCUCCUCCUCUUUCCAAGCUCUCAGGCUCACGCCCGUCUUCCUCCUCCCAACACAACAGCGGAUCCGUUCGAUCGGGACCCAACUCCGGUCAGAUUUCUAAGAAAUCCUCAGGCCCCUUGACUCCACAGCUCCAGGUAACUGGCCUUAUCACCUCCGGGCCGUUGGGCUCGGGCCCACUAAGUUCCGGGGCCAGAAGGUCGUCUGGUCAGCUGGAACACACUGGCUCGAUGAGCAAAGUGCUGUAUGGUUCGUCGGUGACCACUUUAAGCGAGGAGGUGAAAGUGGAGUUUCGGGUGUCGAAAGUGGCGGUUUGGGUGUUCAUGGUGGUGGCGGCAAUGGGGUUGCUGGUGGGUGGGUUUCUGAUGGUGGCCGUCAAGAAAUGGGUGAUGUUGGUGGCGGAGGCGCUCUUUCUGGUGCCGGUGCUGGUGGUUGUUGUCUGGAAUUGUGUUUGGGGAAGAAAAGGGCUGCUAGGGUUUGUGAGGAGGUACCCAGAUGCUGAGCUCAGAGGUGCCAUUGACGGACAGUACGUCAAGGUUACUGGGGUUGUUACCUGUGGCAGUAUUCCGUUGGAAUCGUCCUACCAAAGAGUACCUAGGUGUGUAUAUGUUUCCACAGAGUUGUGUGAAUCUAAGGGAUGCUGUGUGCACAAGUCAGAGAAUAAAAAAUCUAGACAUUCAGAGAAAUAUGUGUCUGACUUCUACUUAUCAGACUUCCAAUCGGGUUUAAGAGCAUUAGUGAAAGCUGGCUAUGGAGCCAAGGUUGCCCCAUUUGUAAAACCAGUGACUGUGGUGGAUGUGACAAAGGAAAACAGAGAGCUGUCUCCAAGUUUUUUGCGCUGGCUUGGUGAGCGCAACCUCUCUGCUGAUGACCGUGUAAUGCGCCUCAAAGAAGGGUAUAUUAAAGAGGGCAGCACUGUAAGUGUGAUGGGGGUUGUCAGACGCCACGAUAAUGUGGUCAUGAUUGUCCCUCCAACAGAGCCUGUCUCAACAGGCUUUCAAUGGUUUCGCUGCCUUCUCCCAACCUAUGUUGACGGUCUCAUUCUGACAUGCGAUGAUAAUCAGAAUGCUGAUGUGGUUCCUGUGUAGAUAUAUUCAGUUCCGUGAUAGUUUUGUUUAGAAAUGGGUUUGGCAUGUGAAAAUAUGAAGGCUGAAACCGAAGGAAAAAACACACGACAACCGGCUCUGUUCUUUCCUUUCGCGGUUAAGUGUAUGUAAGCCUAAAGAUGCAGUUCAGAAAGACUGAAGAUACUGUGAAGGUGGUAAUGUAAUAGGGCAACAAGGCUCUACUACUACCCUUUUGAAGAAGUUUGUAGAUGAUGUAACGUCGGAAAUCUGGAUGCUCUGAUUUCAUGUACAUAUGUCAUAGCUUCAUAGUGUGCCCAAAGGGGUUCCGGCUGCCUUUCGUGACUUUCAUCUGAUGCUCCAUUUUAGUACAAAAAGUAGUUCCUAGGGUUCCUGUGGUUUCCUUUUUUGUUCUCGUGUAUUUGUAUUUCAUCCUGCAAUAUGUAUUUUUUGUGACAAGAAGAGUAAUGUUGAUAUUCUUUUAAGCA